UAACUAAGACUCAUGGCUGCAGACUUGAUAUAAAACUUGAUAAGUAGUUUGACAGCCUAAGGGUUUUAAGUGGAAACACGUGUGCUCCAAAUAGAUGAAAUCACAGUUUAUUUUCAACAAUAAAAAAAUAAAUCACGUUUUCUUGGUGGGGGGAAACAGUUUCUCUGUGUGGAUGAAACCUGACACUUUAUGGGAUGUGGUGUUGGUGAGCAGCGAGGGUGAGAAAACAGAAAGCUGGGCGUCAGUGCCUAUACCUUCACUAGUGAGGUGCACAUCCCUCUGGGCUGCUCGUCGACCAGCUGGGAAUUCAAUUUAAGAAGCCAUCCUCAUCAGUAGUUCUGCUGUAGCUUCUGGUGAAAAUGAAGACCCUACAAGUCCUGGUUCUCCUACAGCUGCUGGCUGUACCUGCUUUCACUCUGACACAGCCAACCCAUGACUACUGGGGAGAGUUUGGAGCCUAUGGGCCCUGCAGCCGCACUUGUGGCAUAGGGGUGGCAAUGCGAACCAGGAAAUGUAUCACUUCGAGGACAGAUGGGGGACAUAACUGCAUAGGCUCCUCUAAGUCUUUCCGAACCUGCAACACACAUGAAUGUCCAGCUGGAUCAAGGGACUUCAGGGAGGAGCAGUGCGCCCAGUUUGACAGAAUGGACUUUCAGAGCAAGAGGCAGACAUGGGUGCCUUAUUAUGGAGCAUCCAAUCCAUGUGAGCUGACCUGUGUCCCAAGAGGACAGAACUUCUUCUACCGACACAGACCCGCAGUGGUGGAUGGGACUCCAUGCUAUGUGGGCCGCACUGAUAUCUGUGUGGCUGGCAUCUGCAGGAUACUGACCCACGGAGAGUUUAUGGGCUUGGAUGAGGACACUAAUUCCGUACACUCUGCUGCCCCCAUUGCUGUUGCUCCUCACCCAAGGGAGACACUCACAUAUAUCUACAAAACUGGUGUCUAUGGACAAUGCUCUGCCUCAUGCAAUGGAGGCAUGCAGUAUCGCAACGUGGAGUGUUGGGUUCAGGACCCAGCGAACCCCCGUGUGGUGGAAGAGUCUUACUGCAUCACCCAGCGCCUGCAGAGGCCACACAGCCAGCAGGCCUGCAACAUGCAUCCGUGUGCUGCGGAGUACAGUGUCUCCAGCUUCAGUGUGUGCUCGGUGACUUGUGGGGAGGGCCAGCAGACGAGGGAGGUGACCUGUGUUGGGUCGGGUGGGGAACGUCUGGCUGACCAUGCCUGUAGUGGACUGGCAAGACCCCCUUCUGUCCAGUCCUGCCGCAGACCUGCCUGUCACACACACAUCACCUGGCACGUGACCGACUACGGACUGUGCACCAGAAGCUGCGGUGGGGGUGUGAGAGAGAGGAGAGUGGGCUGUUUUGAUACAGAUUUAAACCCUUACUCAGAGGCCCGCUGUGGAACAGCCAGUAGACCUCUCUCUGUGGAGACAUGCAACUCACAGCAAUGUCCCAGAGCACAGACGGUCCCGAGUGUACAGGACCCAAGGGCACAUGAAAGCACCAUGAGAGGAUUUGUGCCCCAUGUUCCAGGAGACCCUUCAGCUUCCAGGCCACAUACAGACACUGCUACCUACCCUCCUGUGAUUGGUCCUCACUGUGCACAGUCAUUCUAUGGCUGCUGUCCUGACGGCCAAACCCCUGCCACAGGGCUCAGGAACGAGGGCUGCUCCCGAGAUGACUGUGUUCGCACUAGGUAUGGCUGUUGUUUGGAUGGUGUGACUCCAGCUCAAGGAUUUGGAAGGGCUGGAUGUCCUGAGUACCUGACAGCUGUGCAACAGCCACCACCUCCUGCCCCUCCAUCCACUGGUAAUAUGUGCUCCAUGCCUCGUGAUGAAGGCCCCUGUGAUACUUGGAUGGUCCGAUUCUACUAUGACUCAGGCACUGGCAAAUGUACUGAGUUCUGGUAUGGAAGCUGCCAGGGAAAUGCUAAUAACUUUGUGUCCCUAGAAGCAUGCCGGAGAGAGUGUGGGGGUGUGGCGACCCCAAGAGGGACCCCAAGGAGAGGGUCAACCAGUGGUGCUUUGAGGGCAAGGUCAUAACCAUGCUCACAACUAUGACCCAAAAUCAGGGCCGUCUCUAUGAAGCUAUUACGUGAUAUUUGUACACACGUAUUUGUUUAUGUGAAGACACACAGAAACAUGUAUUAAAACUAACCACAUCCUGCCUUUCAUUUAAACAUCACACUUUACAUCAAAAAAUGAUCUAAUCUCACAUUAUAAGUGACAUAAUUGCAGCAGAUGGUUCUGAUUUUCUUAUCUUUUUGUGAUGCUUAUAUGUUCACUUAUAUAUUUUUACUUUUAGAUCUGGACUAAAAUAAAAUAAUGUCAAUGUGAUUACCCAAGUUAAAUCAUUGACGUAAUCAAUAAAAAUGGUGUGGUUUA